CUAUUAUUUUUGGUGUACUUAAUAAUAAUAAAGCAUCGAAUUGUUGUAUUUGCCAAUUGGUUUGUUUAAAUUUGGUGGAACCGUUUAGGGGUUGCCGGGCCUGAGUAAUGAUUGGCAGCAGUGUGAUUGCGCAGACAUAUGCAAUAUUUAAAUGUUAUACGGGGGGCGACCAAAAUUCAAAAUCUAAAUCAAGAUAAUAAUAAGUAUGUGUUUUAGAUUUCAGAAAAUGCCCACAAGGAAAGCAAAACACGCUGGUAGUUGGUAUUCAGAUUCAGAGAUUGAAUUAUCGAACCAGCUUGGGUUAUGGCUGCAAAAAGCUAAAUACGUUCACGGCCCCGCACGGGCUCUGAUUACACCGCACGCUGGAUACAGAUAUUGUGGAUCAUGUUCGGCAUGGGCUUACAGACAAGUAAUGCCCGAAAUGGUAAGAAGAAUAUUUAUUUUGGGGCCUUCCCACCAUUUUGGUUUAUCGGGGUGUGCCUUGACGACUGCAACUUAUUACAAGACUCCUUUAUAUGACUUGCUGGUAGAUUCUAAAGUUAAUAGUGAAUUGCAGAGUACAGGUCAGUUUGAAUUAUUAGAUUUGAACGUUGACGAGAAAGAGCACAGUAUCGAGAUGCAACUACCUUACGUGGCCAAAGUCAUGGAAUGUUAUAAGGAUCAGUUCACGAUAGUUCCAAUUCUUGUUGGUACAUUAAGCGCGGAAAAACACCUAAACUAUGGAAAAAUUUUCGUAAAUUAUUUAAAAGAUCCGGAAAAUCUCUUCAUCAUAUCGUCCGAUUUUUGUCACUGGGGGUCCCAAUUUCGUUACACUUAUUGUGACAGAUCUUGCACUAACAUAUACGAAUCUAUACACAACUUGGACCUUAUGGGAAUGAAUGCAAUUGAAAAUUUAAAUCCAACCGAAUUCAGUGAUUAUUUAAAACAGUAUGGGAACACAAUUUGCGGACGUCACGUUAUUGGAAUUUUACUUAAUAUGGUUCAGAUUUUAAUCCAGGAGACGGAUCAAAGACCGAAAUUAAAAUUCCUGAAAUAUACUCAAUCGAAUCAAUGCGUAUCCAUGAGCGACUCGUCAGUAAGUUACGCCGCUGCUGCUCUUACAAUAGACUAAAUUAUACCAAAAUUUCGAAAAUAAAAAAUUGCUCACC